GAGGCUGAAUACAGUUGUACAGGCUGAACAUGCUGAACAUGAUAAAGAUGCAACAUAAUCAACUUUUCUUAUCGACCUCGCACUACAGCAGACUAUAAUACACUGUAAAUUUGACACGGACAGAUACAGAACACGAUACAGCAAUGACAUGCACUAAAGAGACAGUUAAAUCCAGCGGAUUAAACAUCUGGUCCAGCAAGAAUGAAGAUGGACCCGCACCCGUAGUUGACAUCAUUAUGGUUCAAGGUCUAGGUGCACAUCCGUUUUAUAGCUGGGUGAAGAAAAUACCAUUGCCAAAUACUAAAAAACCCAAAAGAUCAAGGGUGCAAUUUUGGAAGGGCAGAAAACUUCAAAGCAAAGGUGGGGAAGAUAGCACAGCAGAGGUUAUGUGGCCGCGGGAUAUACUUGUACCUUUAUUCCAAGAUGCGCGGAUCGCUACCUAUAGCUAUAAAUCAGACUGGAGAGAUGGCACAGUCAAGACGAGCCUACGUCAAUGCGCAGAGCAGUUCCUGAACAUUUUAUCCCAACACAGACAGCAAUCAGAUGAAGAGAAAAGACCACUCGUGCUUAUUGGACAUAGUCUUGGGUGCCUCGUUAUUCAGCAGGCACUUGUGAUUGCGAUUCAUCAACGAGAAUUCACUAAUCUACGUCUCUCCGUAGCAGGUAUCAUCUUUCUCGGCGCCCCUUUCCAGGGAAGCGAUGCAGCGUUAUUCGGAACAUGGUUAGCCAAAGCCUUGCGUCGUGAUACUACAUUAUUGGAGUUAUUGAAGAAAGAUAGUCCAACCCUAUACGAUCUAUCGAGAGACUUUUGGGGCAGUUAUAGCGCUUGGGAUCUUGUUUGCUUUUAUGAGAUGAUAGAUGCCGAGUUAGGGCCAAUAAAGACACAGGUCGUGAGCUCACAGUCAGCUACUCUUCUGGGAAAGAGGAUGAUAUUCCUUAACACAGACCAUUCUGGGCUUAAUAAGUUCAGCGGAGAGGGCGAUGAGAAUUUUACACUUUUAUUACCUGAAAUUCAAAGAAUGAUCAGAGACGGACUCUCGAUUGUAGUUGACCGUCAUCGCGUAAAAGACGUUGGCGCUGCGAGCUAUGGAAAUGUGCAUUGGAUGGUGCCCCGCACUAUCAAUCCUCUAUUCACCGGACGUAAUGAGCUCUUACGUCGAAUACAGGAAGCUAUACAUUACGAUUCUACUUCCGAUCUCAAUAAACAAAAGAGGUUCGUUAUCACUGGGCUAGGCGGACAAGGGAAGAGUGAAAUCUGUUUACAAAUUGCAAAUCAAAUGCGAAAAGAAUUCUGGGGAAUAUUCUGGGUUGAUGUCGGUAUGGCUUCUACUGCCGAAAGCAACUUUAUUGCCAUUGCAAAGUUGCUUGGACGCUCGGUCGAAAAUGUUUCAGAUGCUCUUCAAGUUCUUGCAACUAUCAAGCAAAACUGGCUUCUUAUCCUCGAUAAUGCUGAUGAUCCGAAUUUUGAUUAUCAGGCUUAUUUCCCAUCUGGAACUCACGGUGCGAUUCUCAUGACAUCACGUGUUCCGGAAUGUAAGGGAUAUAGUCCAGAGCAAUUCGAAGCAUUAGAAGGUCUUGGAAAUGAGGAUGCAAAGGAGCUUCUCCUCAAAGCAUCUAAUAUCUCCAAACAAUCAUGGCUAUCUUACGAUGAUUAGGCUGAGACAAUUGUUCAACUUCUAGCAUCGCAUACAUUAGCAUUGAUUCAAGCGGGCGCAUAUAUUGCUCAAGGUCAUUGUCAAUUGCAUCAAUAUCCCAAGGUCUAUCAACGACAGCGGAAGCGGCUCUUACAAUUCCGGCCUAAGCAAGCUCAAUCGAGAUAUCACGAUGUUUAUGCAACCUUUGAAGCAUCAGCAGAGGUGCUAGAGCAAUCGAAAAGCGAAGCUA